UAAAGAGCGAGUAGUGGAGUGGAACUGCUGGCCACAUUUGUAGAGUAGCAGUCACGUUGUACCACUAUGAGCUCCCAGCUUCUUCUACUGGGGAUUGCUUGUGAGACUGAAUUCUCAGGAAAAGACAGUGAGGAGGUAUACUAAAACGUGUGGCAAAUGAUGCAUCAUAAUCGCUUACAAAAUGGACACCAUAAUUCUAAGUCUGCUUCUAUUUAAGGGUCUUUUCCAGAUGGUACAGAACGUGCAGUGUGGAGGUAAAGGAACAGAAAAUGUUGCACUCAGAGUGGAGUGGCAUACGUUUCCUGAAAAUCUGAAUCCUGAUAGUUAUUUUGUGUUAUGUAACACAAAUAGCGAACACCCUCAGAAUCUGUUGAAGUCAGUGGUAGUUCACCAAGCUUACAGUCCAUUCAUAUCAUUGAAUAACCUAAAGCAAGCGGAUGAUUAUAACAUCACCAUAAAAUCAAUAAAAGAUGGCAAUAUCCUGAGUGAUAAAUCAUUUCUAACAAACGCAGUAAAGUUAAAAGAUAUAAAUAUUGCUGUGACUACUACUUCAGUAUCAUUCAACUGGAGCAGGAUUCAUGGAGACAUUUUUGUUUUUAAUGUCCUCAACAACUCUACUGAAUUGAUGCUGCUUGAAGACAAGUUUUAUGAAGUGAGCAAUUUGCUACCGGGAUCUCUUUACAAUUUUCAAUUUUUUGUGAAACAGCGCUAUGCUGGUUUUAUAAAUGUAUCUCAGGAAAUGUAUAUUCCAGUUGAAACAGGGCUAUGUUCUAAGGGCUGGUUUGCAUUUAAAAACAGCUGCUAUAAGAUGAUGUUGGAUAAUAAGCCUUGGGCAAGUGCUGAAGAAAGCUGCGAAUCACUUCACACUGGAGCACAUCUUGUAAAUAUUCAAACAAGCGAUGAAUAUUCAUUUUUAUCUUCGUUCUUGCAUAUAAAAAAUGAGUUAAUCUUGCUUUGGAGCGGCCUCUCUGAUCUAAAGGUUGAGGAAGAACUUUUGUGGACAGAUGGAUCUGCUUAUUCUUUGCAUAAAGAUGAAGUAAUAUUGUUGUCACACUUGCCUAAAAAUGAUACAGACUGUUAUGCUUUACAACAAAAUGCAACAGGUCCAAAUUAUUUUUUUACAGCAUUCUUCUGCCUCGUGGCCUUACCUUACCUGUGUGAAUAUGAGUUCCCAGUUGUUUCAGAAAAGUUUACAUAUUCGGUGGAAGACAUUUCAGAAAGUGAAGCACUGUUCAGAUGGAAUAAUUUUCCUUUUUUUUCUCAAAACAGAUAUAACCUUUUUGUUAAAUAUUAUUCCAGUAGCUCAAAUGAACGUUUUGAAAAUGUAAGCCGAAAUUCUACAUAUGUGUCCAUUGAGAGGUUAAAUCCCGGACUCAGUUACAGUUUUAUUUUGUGUAUGAAAGAUGACAAAGGGUCACAACAAAAUCUAAGUCCAAUCAUUUCAAUACAAACAAGACCAGUGAAUCCUGGGAAUCUAACAGUUGAAAACAUAUCAUCAACUAGUAUAUCUUUAAAAUGGAAUCCACCAACUGGCCCAUUUAGUGAAUUUUUCUGUGGUUACCAUAUGACAAUCUGGGAUAUUGAAGGAAACACGUUUGUAACCUUCACGAAAGAAAAGAACCAAACUCUAACUACUCUUCCGAAUCUGAAACCAUAUCACAAGUAUACAAUAUUUCUACAAACGAUAGCAGAGAGUGGGACAUUAAGUUUAUUGGAAAAUAAUGUGACUGUAAUAACAGAGGUUAGUCCAUUGGAAAGAGUCAGCAUUGAACCAAAUUCUGUACAAGAGGACAGUUUCAUCCUCCACUGGUCUUCUCCAGAAGAAUUUAAUCAAAUCAACAUUCAAGUUAAAUCUCUUGUGGAUAAUUCAGAAGUCUCCUACAUUGUGAAUGACACUCAUCACUUCCAUGUUAAAGAUUUAAUACCUGGAAUGACUUAUAAAAUUGGACUUUCUGUGGUGAAGAAUGGAAAUAGAAGUGAAAUGAAAAUCCUACAGCAAUCACUAAAACCUAAACCAGUUACCCUGGUGGUCCCAAUUGAGGAGAACACACACAGUGUAAAGCUGUUUGUUCAGAUGCCUAAUGAAGGAAUAUUUGAUGGUAUAUUGAUAAUAAAUACAAAUGACAAAAACAGAACUCUUUCUUUUCCACUUGUGGUAUCUGGAAAAUACUUAAUCGACCAGCUCCUGCCUGGCACUGAGUAUAAUCUUAUAGUUCACACCAGGAGUAAGGACAAGCUAAGCCUUCCAUUCACAUUCUCACCGGUAAAGACAUGUUUGGCAGGUCCAAUGAAUGUACGUGAGGGGGAGGUAACUACGCAUUCUGUACAAGUCAUUUGGGAUAGAGCUGAAGGAAGUUUUCAGCAGUAUGAAAUCAUUUGCAAAAAUUGCUUCUACUCUAAUUCAGUUCAGAAAGUCACCGAAGAAACAGCAUUGUUUGUGCAGUUAACACCUGGUACAUUCUAUACAUUCUCAGUUUCCACAGAGAAACAGUUCUUUAAAGACAGUGUGCCUGUAACAAUACAUAUCCAAACAAUUCCUAGCUCCAUAACAUAUGUAAACUAUACAGUGGACACAACAUCAAUAACCGUGAACUGGCAAUUGACUAUUGGUCAGCUUGAUGGGUUUAUCAUUUCAAUAGAAGCUGGAAGCACCAACCAAACUGAAAUGGUUCAACCAAGCCAAAGACAGUAUACUUUUAGUGGCCUUUUACCUGGCAUUGAAUGUGUUAUUAGUAUUGUAACAACAUGUGGAUCAAAGAAAAGCUCUCCUGCAGUUAUAAAUCUCAGUACAGAUCCUGAGCCACCAUCAGCUCUGGAAGUUCUUGGUCAGGAGGAACAUUCCAUUUACUUAUCUUGGAAGCCACCACGUGGAAGAUAUGAUAAGUUUCAAAUAAACUACCGCUCAGCUAAUAAAGAAACAGUUUAUGGGGCAAUUAUGGCUGAAAAAGAAGCAGUGAUAAAGAACCUUGUGCCUGGAGAAGACUACAUAUUUGAGGUCCAAACAAUUAAAGGGGAGCAACAUAGUGUCCCAAUACACAAAACAGUUAGUACUAGACCCCCUGGAAUUUGUGGGUUAUCUAUUAAAGGUGUGAACACUACCACUGCUACUCUGCAAUGGGAAGCAGCUGAAAGCAGUUUUACUCAUUACAGAAUCCUAAUAAAUAACCAAACAUAUGUGAGAGACGUUAACAUCUCGAAAGCAGAGCCUGAGUAUACAGUAACCCAUCUGUAUCCUGGUGGAGUUUAUAAUGCCACAGUUCAGAGGGUGAAAGGAAACAUACUUGGGGAUAUUUCAGCUACACAGGUGGUGGCAGAACCUGAAGCCCCAAUCGCAAUGACUGCCUUCAAUAUUUCAACACACUCCUUUUCAGUAUACUGGAGGCAACCUCAUGGUUGGAUAGAAAGAUAUCAAGUGGAUCUAGUUCCUCAGCAUGGCUUUGUUACUGUCAGAGAUCUUGGAGGUGGGGAGUAUCAGGCAGAUGUCUCCAGCGUUGCUCCUGGUACCAUCUAUAGUGUAGCUGUUUCUUCAGUGUCAUCAUCUGCCUUCAGCUCCCCAGACAGCAAGUUGGUGAUGACUAACGAAACCAUUCCAGGACCUCCUGAUCACUUAGCAGGAGAACAAGUCGGCUCUGCAGGAAUCCUUCUUUCUUGGUCUAUUCCACGGAAUACAAAUGGGAAGAUUGUAGGAUACUCCGUUAUUUACAGAGAGGUUUGCCCAUGGAUGCAGUCUUCUUACACUCAAGUAGCAACCACUCCUGACAGUCUUGAAGUUCUUUUGACCAGUUUGACUCCUGGAACAACAUAUGAAAUUAAGGUGGCUGCAGAAAACAGCGCUGGCAUUGGAUCGUACAGUGAUUCUUUUCUGUUUAACACUGCAGAAAGCGCUCCAGGAAAAGUUGUUAAUCUGACUGUCGAAGCCCUUAAUUCAUCAGCAGUGAAUCUUACGUGGUUUUUACCUCGACAGCCUCAUGGAAAGAUUACCAACUUCAAGAUAAGUGUUAAACAUGCAAGGACUGGAGCAAUAGUUAAAGAUACCACUGUGAAAGUAGAAGACAUUCUGAAUGGAGCAUUGCCAGAGUGUACUGUAAAAAGCGAAUCCUAUUUAUGGAGCACAACUAGCCCUUCAUCAACUCGUGGACAAUCUACAACCACAGCUUCACUUACAUUACAGACCAUAACUUCUCAGACAUUUAAUGCCAUCUGGAAUGAACCUAUUACAUAUAUAGUGGGACAGCUUAGACCUUACACUACGUACUUGUUUGAGGUUUCAGCUGUUACCAAUGAACCAGGCUACAUUGACAGCACAAUUGUAAGAACACCAGAAUCCGUUCCUGAAGACCCUCCUCAAAAUCUUGUCAAGGGCAACAUUACAGAAAGAUCCUUCUCUGUAACUUGGGAUGCUCCAACUAUUGUGACAGGAAAAUUUAGUUACAGAGUUGAAUUGUACGGUCCCACUGGUCGUAUUCUGGAUAACAGCACAAAAGAUCUCAAGUUUACUUUUACUAACCUUACUCCUUUCACAACCUAUGAUGCAUACAUCAGUGGAGAAACAAGUGCAGGUGUUGGGCCCCGAUCCAACAUAUCUGUUUCCACUCCACCAGGAGUACCCAGCACUGUAUCUGAUUUAAAUGCAAAAGAAGUGGAAGCCAACAUGAUCACAGUUAGCUGGAGAAGACCGCAACAACCAAAUGGCAUUAUUACCAAAUACAGGGUCAGAGCAUUUGUAAAAGCAACAGGAAUGGCCAUUGAAAAUAAAAUUCUCACAGGAAAAUAUAAGUAUCCUGAUAAUUCGGAGUAUCAGACCUCAACUAUAGCGAAUGAAAAUACAAAGUCUCUGUUUUUGGGACAGUUUAAAGAAACAAUGUCUGGAGUGUAUGAAGGAUCAGCGGAUAUCUACUCGUCUGUUCAGUCAAUGUCUACUGUGGCAUUCUACAGCAGCACAGUUGUUGAGACUGUGCAAGAUGGGAUUGAUAUUGAGGCUGAACAGCUGUCUUACACUGUGGAGAAGCUUUUACCUUUUACUGACUAUACAAUCAGUGUGUCCGCUUUUACUACAAUUGGAGAAGGACCACCAACUGAUAUUGUCAUAAGGACUAGUGAGCAAGUUCCCAGCUCAGUGAAUAACAUAAGUUAUCAGAACAUCAGUUCAACAUCAGUCAUGGUCUUCUGGGACCCUCCAUUAGAACCCAAUGGGAUGAUAACCCACUAUACAGUCUAUGCAAUGGAAUUACACACAAAAGAAGCUUUUCAUGUGAUCACAAGCAACACAAGCAUGCUUCUAACAGGCUUAAAGAAGUAUAUGGACUACAAGGUGCGUGCUACAGCUUCAAACUCAGCAGGCGAGAGUGCUGUCUCAGAAGAAAAUGAUAUUUUUGUACGAACUCUUGAGGAUGCACCAGGAUCACCACCUCAGAAUCUGGUUUCAGCUGGUGUUAAUGCAACUACUAUCAAUUUGGAGUGGUCAGCACCCGCAGAACCUAAUGGCAUCAUUACACACUAUGAAAUAAUCUACACAAAUUCAACAACCAUACUUGCUCAAAACACAACAUCAACCAUCUUCACCAUAACUGAUUUAAACCCAAAUACUCUUUAUAGGAUUUCUAUUCGAGCUUACACCCAGUUUGGACAUGGAAACCAAUCGACACCAAUACUCUCAGCAAAGACAUCUGAAACUGCUCCAAGCAGUCCACCGUAUGAUUUGCUGUACCGGAACUUAUCGUCCACUAGAGUGUUGCUGACAUGGCAGCCACCUAUUUACGCUAAUGGAAUUAUACAAUUUUAUAAAAUUAACUACUGGAAUUCUUCUCACUCUCUGACAACAAAUAGUAAUGAUUCCCUGAUCGUUUUGUCAGAUCUUAAAAAAUAUUCCAAAUAUCAAGUGGUUGUAUCAGGUCACACAAUACAUGGAGAUGGAAAUCAAACCAGUGAAAUCCUAUACAUGACCACUAUGGAAGAUGUUCCUGAUGAUCCGCCCUAUAACCUGUCCUACAGAAUUCUAAACUCUACUUCCAUACAACUGUUUUGCUCUCCUCCUUCUUCUCCCAAUGGCAUUAUAAAGUAUUACACAAUCACUUGUCUUGCUGUUGCAUCUAAUGCUCGGCAUUAUAACAGCAGUACCCAGACUUUUAUAAUAAGUGACCUAAAAAAAUAUAGCGAAUACAGUAUCACUGUUAGUGCAAGUACAUCUGUGGGAACUGGACCAAGAACAAGUAGAUUGCUUCUUGUAAGAACUGGUGAAGAUGCCCCAGACAGUGCCCCGGAAAACAUAUCAUACAGAAAUGUAUCGUCAACAGAAAUUGUUGUAUCGUACUCUCCACCAGCUAUACCCAAUGGAAUAAUAUUAUACUAUACUGUAUAUAUAACUUGGCUGAAUGGCACUGUGGAGAGGGCCACAGAUACUUCUUAUCAGACACUGACUAUUACAGGUUUGCGAAAGCAUACAAGUUAUAUUCUGAAAGUCUCUGCCAGUACAGUAAAAGGUGAAGGUGUACACAGCGACCCUGUCAGCAUCACUACAGAGGAGGAUGCACCAUCUACACCUCCUCGCUUCCUUGCUGUAAGUCAGUUAUCCAGUUCCCUUGUGAAGUUAUCUUGGCUACCACCUCUGGAGCCAAAUGGAAUUAUCCUUUUUUACACACUAUAUAUCUGGGAUGAGACAUCAAACAAAACUGUUAAUAUUGAAGAUACUUCGGUGGACUUUAAGGAUUUUGAAAGCAAUCAUGAAUACAAUGCAUACGUCACAUCGAGCACUAGAUUUGGGGAUGGAAAUGUCAGAAGUGAUAUUUUAAGAUUCAAAACUCUAGAAGGAGUUCCAAGUGACCCACCUAAGAACGUAACAUAUAGAAACCUCACCUCAACAUCUGUAAAGAUUUUCUGGAACCCACCUAUUAAACCAAAUGGCAUUAUACUAUAUUAUACAUUAUACUUCAAGAAUACUUCUAACACCUAUAUGAGGAAUCUCACUUCAGGUGAUAUUUCCAUUUCAUCUGAUGGCAAUGAUUUAUCAGCGACAAUCCAUGGUCUGGCAAAAUUCAGCCACUAUGAAUUCUGGAUUACUGCAAGUACUGUAUUUGGAGAUGGUGACCAAGCAAGUGAGGUUAUUGAUGUCAACACAGAGGAAGAUGUCCCAGACUCUGAACCUAUCAUAAGAGAGUACAAAAAUCUAACAUCUACCUCAGUGCUGUUAUCUUGGGAUCCUCCUGAACAUCCAAAUGGCAUUAUAACUGGCUACUACUUACAGAUUUAUGGGCCGCAAGGAAAUUAUCCUCUAUUUACCACUCAAGUGUCCAUCGUUUUGGAUGAUCUUCUACCUUUUACCCAGUAUUUUGUAGUUGUUGCUGCAAACACAAUAAAAGGAACUGGUCCUCCAAGCCAGCUUGCCCUUCACACAGAUGAAGCAGAGCCAUCGGCACCUCCACAGAAUUUGACUUUUAUCAAUGCGAGUGACAACUCUGCUUGGUUACAGUGGAGUCCAAGUCCAAAACCCAAUGGCAUUAUACGCGCAUACAGCUUUAGAAUUGUGGAAAACAACACGCAAACUAUAUUUUAUCAGAAUAUCUCUGGUGAUCAGACUGAAGGAAUCCUCACUAAUUUGGAACCUUUCAAAACAUACAUUGCUAGUAUGUCUGCAUUCACAAAAGUUGGUAAUGGGAACCAGUUUAGCAACUCUAUCAGUUUUUCCACAAAAGAAUCUGCUCCGGAUCCUGUCCAGAAUAUUCACUGUGUUUCAACAAGUUGGCAGUCUAUACUGGUCCAGUGGGAUCCACCAUUACAUCCAAAUGGAAUAAUAACGCAUUACAUCCUAACAUUUCAAAGUGUCAGUAUCUCAGUCUUGCCUACUGAUACGGUAUAUACUUUCAGAGAUCUGUUCUCCAAUACCACUUAUUCCUUCACUGUCACAGCUGCAACUACUGCAGGGGAAGGAGUAGAGCAAGUCUGCAAUGCAACUACUAAGUUUGAGGAAGUUCCCAGUGUUCCACGAUAUGUUACUAUUUUAGACGUUGGCUCCACAAGCGUCACAUUGCAAUGGAAUAGACCAGAGUACACAAAUGGCUAUUUAAAGAGCUACAAAAUCAAUGUCCAGCUCCUUUCUACCAAGUGUACUGAUAACUAUGGUGAAUGUAUUGAGACCAGCCAAGACUUCUACUCAUACCAAGAGAAUACUAUUGAGAAGACAAUAUAUGGCCUGAAAAAGUUCAGAUGGUAUAGAUUUAAAGUUAGUGCCAGCACAAAUGCUGGAUAUGGUGCUUCAUCACCAUGGAUUAAAGUGCAGACAUUAUCUGGUCCUGCAGAUGGACCCCCACAAAAUGUUACGGCUGUUGCCACAUCACCCAACAGUAUUAAUAUCAGCUGGAGCCAACCAGCCGUGAUAACUGGACCGACCUCAUAUCUAAUCAACGUCUCAUCGGUAAUUGGCACAGAUUAUAGAAUGGAGUUUAUAAGGUUGAGUAAUGAAAGUAGGAAUAUUGAAGUAACAGGCCUGAAGCCAUUCACCAACUAUUCAAUAACAGUCAUAGCAUUCACUGGAGAUCUAGAUUCAGCUCUUACGGAUGGGAAGUCAAGCAAUCCAGUGACUGCUACUACCCUUGAGGCAGUGCCAAAUGAUUCACCUAAGAACAUAACAAUUCAGAAGAUUCCAAAUGAAGUGACCAAGAUUCAAAUGACCUUCGUACCUCCAGCUGAGCCUAAUGGAAACAUCCAAAUGUUCCAAGCACUGGUAUAUAAAGAAGAUGACCCUACAAAAUCUCAAAUCCGCAAUCUUAGUAUUGUUAAAAGAAAUGACGAAUCCGUAACUGCUAUUAUAGAAGGACUCAAAGGUGGAUAUACCUAUAAUAUCAGUAUCUAUGCUGUGAAUAGUGCUGGGGCUGGACCAAAGAUCCAGAUGAGAAUUACCACUGAUGUAAAAGAACCACCUCGCCCUCUAAUGAAACCUGUGCCUAUAUAUGAUUCCAGUGGCAGUGUUAUGGCUACCUCCACCACAAUCACCAUUAAGAUGCCAGUAUGCUACUUCAGCGAUGUCAACGGGCCAAUUAAAAAAGUGCAGAUUCUAGUCACAGAAAUAGGAGCUCAACACGAUGGGAAUAUCACCAAGUGGCACGAAGCUUAUUUCCAAAAACCCAGACCAUAUUUUACAAAUGAAGGUUUUCCAAAUCCAUCAUGUCCAACAGAUGGGACAAAGCGAUUCUUCAGCAAACAGGAAGUGUAUGUCAUCGGAGCUGACAAUACCUGUAUGCUACAAGAAAAUAAAGAGAAAUUUUGCAAUGGACCUCUGAAGCCAAGAAAACAGUAUUUGUUUAAAUUUCGAGCCACAAAUAUUAAAGGACAAUUUACAGAUUCAGAAUACUCUGAAGUUGUAAAAACUUUAGCUGAUGGACUGUCAGAACGGGCUGUAGAAAUUAUCCUGUCGGUUACACUGUGUGUGCUUUCUGUGAUACUGCUCGUGGCAGCAAUUUAUGCUUUUGCAAGGAUCAGACAGAAGCAGAAGGAGGGUGGAACAUAUUCCCCGCGAGAUGCCGAGAUCGUUGAUACCAAAUUCAAACUAGAUCAGUUAAUCACGGUGGCAGACUUGGAGCUUAAGGAUGAGAGAUUAACACGGCCUGUGAGUAAGAAGGCCUUUCUGCAGCACAUUGAGGAGCUGUGUGCCAAUAACAACCUAAAAUUUCAAGAAGAAUUUUCGGAGCUCCCAAAGUUUCUGGAAGAUCUUGCAGUAUCAGAUGCCGAUCUGCCAUGGAAUAGAUCCAAAAAUCGAUUUACAAACAUAAAGCCAUAUAACAAUAACCGAGUAAAGCUUAUAGCCGAUGCUGGUGUGCCAGGCUCAGAUUACAUCAAUGCAAGCUAUGUGUCUGGUUAUAUUUGUCCUAAUGAGUUUAUUGCUACACAAGGACCAUUGGCUGGAACUGUAGGUGACUUCUGGAGAAUGGUGUGGGAAACAAGAGCAAAGACCAUAGUAAUGCUUACUCAUUGUUUUGAGAAAGGCAGGAUUAGAUGCCAUCAAUAUUGGCCAGAGGACAACAAACCAGUUACAGUCUUUGGAGAUAUUGUGAUCACAAAAGUGGUAGAAGAUGUCCAAAUUGACUGGACCAUUCGUGACUUAAAAGUUGAACGGCAUGGAGAUUACAUGAUGGUACGUCAGUGUAAUUUUACUUCGUGGCCAGAACAUGGAGUUCCAGAAAACACUACAGCCUUGAUUCAUUUUGUAAAAAUGGUUAGAGCAAGUAGACCCCAUGAAAAUACACCAACGAUUGUACACUGCAGUGCAGGAGUUGGAAGAUCAGGGGUUUUUGUUGCAAUGGAUCACUUAAUCCAACAUAUUAACCACCAUGACUUUGUGGACAUUUAUGGUCUUGUAGCAGAGCUAAGAAGUGAACGAAUGUGCAUGGUGCAAAACCUGGCACAGUAUAUAUUUUUACAUCAGUGUGUUAUAGACCUAUUAGCUACCAAAGGCAGUAACCAGGCCAUCUGUUUUGUAAAUUACUCUGCACUUCAGAAAAUGGACUCUUUGGAUGCCAUGGAGGGUGAUGUUGAACUUGAAUGGGAAGAGACAACAAUGUAAUAUUCAGUAUCAGACAAAACUGUUACCUGUGGCAGAAGCCAAAAGAAGAGCAGAUACACAAAGAGACAGAAGCGCACAUUGACAACCGGUUAAUCCUGUGCCUUAAACUUUUGUCAGUGGUUAUGUCAUAUGUAGAGAAACACAAGACAUUCCAAUAUUUUGCACUGCUGUGGCCUAUGAGGGAAACAAUUAAAGAAGAAAGAAAGAAAGAAAGAAAGAAAGAGAAAGAAAGAAAGAAAAAAAAAACUAUCUUGAAAGAGAUAAGUAGAGCCAAACUGAACAUAAAGUGUUACUAUUCUCUUUGUGGAUACCCCUGUUUGAAUAAUUACUGUCUCUUUGUAAUAUAUAUAUAUAUAUAUAUAUAUAUAUAUAUAUAUAUAUAUAUAUAAUGUUAAGGAUUUGGAAUUCCAUGCUCUGAUCCUGAACAGCUGAAGGGUCACCCUGUGACAUAAGGGAAAUAUUUUGGCUUUUACACAGUACACAGUAGCUCUUCAGGGAUACUUGGGGCUAUUUAAGACUGCCAAUUGUUUAUUGUUCCUAUUUCAAUAUUUUGCAUAUAGUUGAUGAUAAAUUACCUUGUUUAUCUUUCUCUUUUUUAAUAUAUAAAAUACAUUGUAGAAUAAAGGUUUGAUUUACG